UCUAUUUCAGUUAGCUAUGUUUGUUUGACGAUGGGAAUUUUGUUUACGUGGCCAUCAUCCACGCUCAUCCUCUUCAGCUCAGCCAAUACAACGCUGGACCGAGUUAUGACCGAAACAGAAGUAUCUCUGCUUGGAAGCUUGUCAUCCAUCAGUGGGAUUUUCGUCAUACCAUUCUCUGGAUAUAUUUUGGAUACUUUGGGGAGGAAAAAGGCAUGUCUCCUAUUUUAUAUGGCGCAAUUGAUAAGCUGGAUUAUCAUUACAACCUGCAGCAAAGUCGAAGCAAUCCUGUUGGCGAUGUUCAUAUUCGGUUUUAGCAGCAGCAUGUUUCUCGUGGUACAAAUAUACGUCAGUGAAUUCUGCCAAGAAUCUAUACGUGGUUCGAUGACAUCCGGUUCCAUUAUAUUCUACGGAAUUGGCAUGUUGGUCUCGUAUCUCAUGGGGGGACUUCUGGAGUACAGAUUGAUGAACUAUAUAGGACUGUCUUUGACUGUAUUGGGAUUUGUCCUGGUCAGUUUGAUGAAGGAGUCACCGUUGUUCUUAAUGAAGGUCGGAAGACAAAAGGAAGCAGCGAAAUCGAUUGCGUUCUACAGAAGCGCCAAGAUAGAUUCUCAGGUAGUUCAGGACGAAAUAGAACAGAUAAAAAGAAUACUGAGACCUGAUUUUGAUGUUGCAGACACGCCAGCUGAAGAAAAAAAAUUAUAUUUAGAAGAUGCAUCUCCCACAAAAAUGUCUAAGUGGCAAUAUCUGAAGAAGUCCAAAUCAACACAAAAGGCAUUAUUAGUCUGCAUCAUGCUCUAUUCGUCUGCGAUAUUUCAAGGACUCAUUGUGGUUCAAGUGUACGCCGGCCCUUUGUUUGAACAAGCCUUACCGACCAUGUCGUCUACAUUGUCGAGCGUUCUGUUAGCUUUGAUAAGUGUCGUUGCUGGCUUUAUCGCUGCCUAUUUCGUUGACCUGAUUGGUAGAAGACGGCUAAUGAUCGACGCGUCCGUGGCGACGGGUGUCUGCUGCAUGAUCUUAGGAUCACAAAUCCAAUUCAACUGGGGUCCGAGUUGGUUGACAGCUGUAUUGAUCUAUCUCUAUUGCGCUACAUAUACGAUCGGUGCUGGUACUGUACCAUUCGUCAUUGUCGCUGAAGUUUUUAUGCCUGAGGUAAAGAGUUUGAUGUCUAUGCUGUCGACGGAAUGGGCGUUUGUUUGUAACUUCAUCGUGCUUUUCAUCUUCAAUCCUCUUGUAAACAGUUUAGGUCUCGGUGCUGUCUUCUAUAUAUUUUCUGCGUGCUCCAUUUUGUCUGGAAUUUACUGCCACUUCUAUUUGCCGGAGACAAAGGGCUUAACAGUGGACGUCAUACAGGAACGGUUUAAGCGUUCUCGGCAAUAAAUUAUGGAAAAUUAUAAUU